UUUUUCAAGACCAUGAACGGCUUUGCCCAACCAAAUAUUUUAUCUUACCCUCAGGGCAUGAUCCGCGAACGAGAUAAGCAAAUCCUAACACGCUCCGUAGUUGCUGAACUUCUCUCAGCUUUAAAAUUUAAAUGUGAAUUGGCAGAAGAAAAUUACUUGACUAUAGUAAGGAUGGUUUUGCAAGACUUUGGAGAGCCUUUAGGUGAUGACUGGAUUAAUACACCAACAAAUUCUAGCGGUGAAAACGAGGAAGUAAAUGAAAACCAAAAUAAUAGAAAAUUUUCUUCAUUUUCCUAUUGGAAAAAUAAUUCUCAGCAACAACAGACAGACCAAUUUAAUACUGGAGCAGCCGAAGCUAUUAGGCCACAUGUACCCGAAUUAUUAGAAUUUAUUUCAGAUAUGCAUGUAUUGGCUAAAUUGAAGAAACAAUCCGCUAGCAACAGCGACAGAGUUGGCGGAGAUUUAAAAGCUGGACUAGCAGAAGUUGUGGCACUUGAAAUGAGUCGACCAUCUGUUCGGGAUUCUCGAACUGUUAUGCGCUUCAUUCCUUGGCUUUAUUCCCCUCCUUCACUUGCCCAAGCCCUUCCAGGCCAAUUUUCAGAAUCUGUAGCAAACGUCCGCGUUCUCGCUUGGAUUCUACUGGGUUCUCUUCAUGCUAGAGGAGUAAACGGAUUUUCUUCGAAUUUCCAACAAUUUCAACAACAACAACAAACAAACAUUAACCAAAACAUUUGUUUGCCUGUACCUAUUGCUUGUUCUACUCAAAUGGCUGAUUAUAUAAAUUUUGUGUUAGCAGGGUUUGCUGAUCAGUCUAAGCAAUCAGUUGUUCAUAUGUCUGCCCUCUUUCACGCCUUCCAUUUAUGCCAGUUAUGGACUAUUUAUUGUGAACAAACAGCUACUUCGAGUCGUUCAGAGGAAAUGGUAGCUAAAACCAUGCAGCAACUUUUAGACUUUUGGGCGCGUGUUACUCCAGCCAUCUUACAACUACUGUCCCAUUCUAAAGUGUUAGCUGAUAUGGUCAAUCUCCACUUUGUAAACACCCUUCAAGCCCUACAACAAUUUAAUUCUGCUGUACUCUGUCAACUUUAUCCAAUGUGGGAGCCCGUUUUAACGGUACACCAUGCACACGUUCCGCGAAAGUUGAGACUUAAAUUUGAAUCUGUUGAGGCUCAGGCAUGUUUCUUCUUCGAAAACUUUAAGAAAAAAUUUUUUUUAUUUUAG